AUGCGAGCAGCCUAUGGCCCGCUCGUAAUAGCGACCAGUAGGCCUAGGAUUGCUCAGCGAUGCCCAAAAACCAUCCGAUGGCUCGUCCAGAGCUCAGUAUCCCUUGCGACCCCGGCCGUCAAGACCAAAACGGUGACCAACUUUGAUGAUCUCCCUUUGCGAGCAUUGGACAGUAGUGGACAACCAGCGGUCUCUCUUCCCGCUUACAAGGACUCUUUGCGGUCAGGGAGGAGUAAGAAGAAAGGAGUUAAGUUGGCCAGAAAGGAGAUUCCCGAUACACCUCUGACCAGAGAGAUUUUCUUCAAUUAUAAGAGGUUUCCAGGAUGUAUCGUCCUCACUCGAGUAGGCAAGUUUUAUGAGUCGUACUUCGCUCCAGCUGUCGAGCUUUCUUCGAUACUAUCUCUGAAGCUAGCGUACAAACGAUAUCAAGAUGGUACUUGGCCUUUCUCUGGAUUUCCCGUCAGCCAACGAGACAAAUACCUCAGAAUCCUCGUUCAGGAUCUCCGGCAAACGGUGGUUCUCGUCGAAGAGUAUGGAGAGCGAAACUUUGCUGGCAACUUAGUCACUUCGGGAGAAAAAGAACUGAAAGAUCGAAGAGUGGGAAGGGUAGUGACUCCCGGUACAAUGCUAGAAGAAGGUUGGCUGGACACCAUGGAGAGUCGAUACUUGCUCUCCAUCGCCUUCGGCAAAACGAUCACAACUUUCAAGACUGACGAGGAAUCUUUACCUAUUCAUCUGGCGUAUACGGACGUUUCAACUGGCGAGUUUUUCUCGAAAGAAACCACCUCCGACGCUCUCGAAGAUGAACUUGCGAGAAUAACCCCGCGUGAGAUCGUCUUGGACUAUACUCUCAAACCUGUUUUUCACUCCCCAGCCAACAUGAACACCUUAGACGACCUUGUGACUAUUAUCAAGGCGGCGGGAGUUCAUAUCUCCUUUGCCGACCCGAAUGAAGUACCAAUUCUCGACACCCCACAUACAGACCUGCGUAUAUCGACGCAACUGCCGGUCACCAUGAGCCUCGAAGCCGCCGCAAUCUCGCUCCUCAGACAUCAUCUCCUUUACGCACUGAGAGAUUCCAUGGUGGCCCUUCCAGAACCGAAUCGUCAGUCAAACACGCUACAGAUGCAGAUAGAUGCCGCAACUCUACACGCUUUAGAAGUCCGACACGCCAUCCGUCCGGGAGGUAUGAUCACCUCAGAGGAGAAUUCCACUCUGAGUAGGCUAGCUUCCCCGUUGUCGACAAGAGGUACCCUACUAUCAGUCAUCGACAGGUCCAUGACCCACGCAGGGCAUCGCCUGCUGAUACGUACCUUGACGGCUCCUAUGACCCACAUCCCAAGCAUCAACUCACGAUUGGCCCUCGUACAAGCUUUCGUCGAUGAUGAAGAUCUCAGAGUGGACAUUAGGGGAUUAAUAAAAACCACCUCGGACAUAGUACGAGUGCUACAGCGAUUUCGUAGUGGUCGGGGCGAAGGGAGAGAUGUGUGGGAAGUGGGUCGAUGGAUUCGGACAGUGGAGAGUAUAUUGUCAAGGAUUAGAGAAGACUUGCCAGCGUGGCUGCGUAAUCCACCUGAGAGUUCAAAUAAAAUUGAGACCGCUGAAGGAGCGGACAGGUUGGCACAAAUGGUAUCGGCCUUUAGACCUUUAUCUGAUCUGGGGAAAAAGAUUGAAGAGUCCAUAGAUGAGACACGUCUAUUGAGAGAUAAUCUGGCGGAGGAGGACGACGGUGAUUCGGAGGGAGGAUCAGAGGUAGAAGGUGGACAAAUUGUCGUCUUUUCGGAUGGCAAGAGACAAGGUGAGACAAGAAGGGAGCAACAAGAGAGAGAAAGAGUAGAGAGGGAGAAUGAGUACUGGUGGAUCCGACCUGCGUUCUCUACAGAGCUGCAGGAUCAUCACAAUGGUUUACUUGCAUUGCAAGAGCAGAAAGAGAAGUUACAGAAAGAUCUUAGGCUUCAAACAGGUGCACCAUCGUUGCUCCUGGUCAAGGGCCUUCGCCAUGGAUAUCAUAUCUUGUUACAAAAGAAAGCAGAAUAUGUGCAUUUGGACAAAUCAGAAAUGUUUGAAGUCAUCUCGGAAAGUCGGUCUACGAAGGCUUAUGCGUAUGGUCCGUGGUCCGCUUUGGGAGCAAAGACGGAACUAGCCCAGGAAAAAUUGGCGAAAGCUCAGAUAAAAGCUGCUGAUGAGUUGCGCAAUAUGAUCAUCAACAACGCCGAGACCAUUCGACACAAUGCCAGUCUCAUCGACGAACUUGACCUUGCCAUGGGAUUCGCUCAAACUGCCGUUGACCUAGAUUACGUUCGUCCCACUUUGAACACAUCCACAUCUAUGGAAAUAAUCAAUGGUCGUCAUCCUUCCGUCGAAUCGGGAUUAUUAUCUUCGGCAAGAACGUUCACACCGAAUAGUACGAUAAUGAACGAAGACAAUCAUUUACACAUAAUCACAGGUCCUAAUCAAGGUGGAAAAUCUACUUUACUUCGUCAAACAGCUGUGAUCGCUAUCUUAGCUCAAAGUGGUUGUUUCGUUCCUGCUGACAAAGCCACGUUAGGGGUUGUAGAUAAAGUGUUUUCAAGGAUUGGAGCAAGGGAUGAUUUGUUUAGAGAUAGAAGUACUUUUAUGCUUGAGAUGGUUGAAACUGCGUCAAUUUUGAGACAAGCUACACCUAGAUCUUUGGUCAUAAUGGAUGAAAUUGGAAGAGGAACAACUCUUAAUGCUGGUAUUUCAAUAGCCUACGCAACGUUAGAUUACAUUUUACAAAAUAUAUCUUGCCGUACUCUUUUCGCUACCCACUAUCAUGAACUGGCUCGUAUGUUAACAGAAAAUGGACGAAAUCGUUCAGGUGUUCAAUUUUGGUGUACCGACGUGGAUGAGAUAAAAGGAGCGUUUUCUUAUUCUUAUAAAUUACGUCCAGGAGUUAAUCAUGAUUCUCAUGCUAUCCGAGCGGCACAAUUAGCAGGUAUGCCACCUGCGUUCCUCAAAGUGGCUAAAGAUAUCUUAUCUCAACUCGAGUCUAAAUCAGCAUAAUCUCAAAUAAAUCAAAAGUUCCCACAAUCAUACGAGGAGACAUCAUCUGAAGACGAAUCUUGACGAGCAAUUAUGACAAUGCAUAUUAUACAUAAAAG